GGAGAUUAACCGAAGAUGAAUGAAGAAGAGAGAAGCGGCGGUGACCAGAAAAGAAACUUGAUGAUUCCCACCAAAGUUAACUCAUUGACAACUGUAAAGCUGCAGUCCACGAAUCCAUUUCACGAAACCAACGGCCCAAAUUCAGCUAAUCAGGAAAGACCCCAGAAAUUGCCAUUCACAAUACAAGAAAUUCGUCAAAGUAAAAUCAAAUCGAACAAUCUCGGAGCCUUUUUCUUCAAGAUCGAGCAGAUCUCUUCUUUGCUCUUCAUUCCAGAUCUCUAACUCCAGGACUGAAAUGGAAAAAUUGGCUGCAGAUUUGAACUUGAACGGAUCAGAGGUAAGGGCCGUGAACCCUAGCUGUAAAUCUGAUUCAAUGUCGAUGAAUUUGAGUAAUGGAAAGGUUAAUUCCAACAAUGCUACAACUAUAAAACCGUUUAAGGUCUUUGUGGGCUACGAUCCGCGCGAAGAUCUCGCGUACGAAGUCUGUCGCUACUCAAUUCUGAAAAGAUCUUCAAUACCCGUUGAGGUCAUUCCCAUAAAACAAUCUGAAUUGAGGCAAACUGGUGUGUACUGGCGUGAAAGAGGCAAGCUUGAGAGCACCGAGUUUUCGUUUAGUCGGUUCUUGACGCCGUAUUUGGCGAAUUUCGAGGGUUGGGCCAUGUUUGUGGAUUGUGAUUUCUUGUAUUUGGGUGAUAUUAAGGAGUUGUGUGAUUUGAUUGAUGAUAAUUAUGCUAUAAUGUGUGUCCAACAUGAUUAUGCCCCAAAGGAAACCACCAAAAUGGAUGGGGCAAUUCAAACGGUGUAUCCAAGGAAGAACUGGUCAUCAAUGGUGUUGUAUAAUUGUGGGCAUCAGAAGAACCAAGUGUUAACCCCUGAGGUGGUGAAUUCGGAGUCGGGUGCGUUUCUGCAUAGGUUUCAGUGGUUGGAUGAUGAUGAGAUUGGGGAGAUUCCGUUUGAGUGGAAUUUUCUUGUGGGGCAUAACAAGGUUGUUGAGAAUGAUCCGACCUCGGAUCCGAAAGCCAUCCAUUACACUCUUGGAGGACCUUGGUUUGAGGCUUGGAAGAAUUGUGAGUUUGCUGAUUUAUGGUUGAAUGAAUGUGCGGAGUACAGGAGGAAGGCAUUGGAGAAAAAUGUUUGAUUAUGUAGCUGUUUAUCGUUUCGUUUGCCGUAGUAGAGGUAAUUGGUUGAUCACCAUCUAUUUGUUGAAUUGUUUUUGUAUGUUCUCAAGGUAAUGCUCUAUCCAUAUCGCUAUCGGAUUAUACUUGUUUUGAAGUUAAACAGGCGCUGCUGCCAUAUACAAUGAGGAUGUUACAUUCAUAUUAUUUAAUUCUGUCGUUCGUUCUGUAUGAAGUGUAUUACAAUUGUUUUAACGUUCCACUGUAAUAGCAACUUCUUUGGUUGGUUAGAAAAUAACAGCAGCCUUUAUGUUAUGCGUAUGCAGUAUGGCUGGGAUGUAUUUGUAACCGCAUCUCCCGUGGUUA